UUGCAGGGGCCGGAGGAUUCUUUUCUAUAAAAAUUUGAUCGUAUCCAUCUUUUUAAAUACAAAUGGAUGCGGAUUCAAAUCAAUUUGAUCCGAGUCCAGCUCCCUUCGUCGCUACAAAAGUGUGUGCACGAAAGCCCACUUUAUCCUCUUUUUUAUCUUUUAAACCCGAACCCAGAAAACUCGGAGGCGAUGAAAAUGGAGGAACGAUGAUAAACUCGCUCCCAUGCCACCCUCUCUCCUCUCCCUCUCUCCUCCUUCACUCCCCAACCUUCCUCAUCAUCACCAUUACAAGAAACCCAGAACCCAGCAACAAGUCAGACCCAUCAAUUCUAUAUCAUUGCUCAGAUACUACGUACAAAAUGGCAGGAUGCAAGAUGCCCACAAGUUGUUCGAUGAAACGCCGGAGAGAACCCCAACGUCGUGGACCAUCCUUAUGGAUGGAUACGCUCAACAUGGGCCUGCCGUUGAGUCCCGCUCGUUGUUGUGUGACAUGAUGAUUGAACUGUCUUUCGUCAAUUUGCGACCUGAUCCUUUCGUUGUGUCCGUUGGACUUAAGGCCUGUGCUUCGUUCGGGAGCCUCCAUUGCGGUAAGGAACUGCAUUGUUUGGCUGUGAAGCUGGGAUAUAUGCAGGACUUGUUUGUUGCAAAUGCACUGGUUAAAGUGUAUUCUACUUGUGGAUGUCUUCGCUAUGCGGAGAGUGUGUUUGAGAAAAUUUCGCAGCCCGAUUUGAUUUCUUGGAGCUCUAUUUUAAGUGGGUUGGUGAAGAAUGGACAUGAGGCUGAUGCUUUGAGGCUGUUUGUGGAGAUGGCUCGAACUGGAAUUCACUUUGAUAGUUACGUUUUUUCUAUCGGUUUGAAGGCGUUUGCAGAUCAAAAUUGUAUUGAUCUUGGAGUUCAGGUCCAUUGUCAUAUGAUCAAGAUGGGCAUGUAUUCUUCCUUCUUGCUUAACUCCUUGGUGGAAUUCUAUGGGAGAAUUGGUGAAUUAGCCUCAAUGAGGAAGGUUUUCGACAAUAUGUUGAAGAAAGACUUGGUAUCAUGGAACAUAGUUAUCUCGUGUCAUGCUCAAAGCACUUGCUGCGAAGAAGCAUUGAUUUACUUUUCUACAUUGAUGCAUGAAGGUACUUCUGAAUGCGAUGACUACACAUUAGGUAGCAUUCUUCAGGCUGUUACCAGAAUAGGAUCCACGCAUCACGGCAAACAAAUACAUGGGUAUGUGAUUCGAGCUGGCUUUGCAUCAAACAGUUAUGUAAUGAGCGCUCUUCUUGAUAUGUAUAUUAAUUGCGAUAGUCAAGAUACUACAUCUUUUAAUCUCCUGAAACAUUUCCAAUCAUUUGGAGUAGAACUCGAUAAGUUUAUAGUAACUAGCAUUUUAAAAUCUUGUGCCAUGCACCAGGAUUUGGAAGUAGGAAAGAUGUUCCAUACUUGCAUAAUGAAAGCUGGAAUUGAAUUGGACCCUUUUGUGAUUAGUUCAUUGAUUGAUAUGUAUGCUAAGUGUGGAGUGCUUGAGGCAUCUUUUCGUCUAUUCCUUGGAAUUCAGAAUCCAGACACGGUGGCGUGGUCUGCGAUAAUUGCUGCCUACUGUUGGAAAUCUGAGUUCCAAGAAGCUCUGUAUCUCUUCAGAAAAAUGCAGUUAGAUGUUGUUAGAGCUAAUGAAUUUACUUAUACAUCUGCUAUUCUAGCUUGUAUAGCUCUUGGAUAUCUCCAAAAUGGGAAAGAGAUCCAUUGCAAUGCAAUUAGAAGUGGGUAUAGUUGGAAUCCUUCUAUUGUAAAUAUCCUCGUCCACUUAUAUUUGAAGUUUGGUGACUUCCAAGGAGUGUUGAACCUUAGCUGCUCCAUUCCUAGCGAGGAGAUCUCCUGGGAUUCAUUGGUUCAAGCUUUUGGAAAAUCUGAGGAGCAUGAAAUGACUCUGAAGGUCUUUCACAAGAUACAACAGGCUCAUGGGCAUAUUGAUCACAAAUCAGCCUGUUUUGUUCUAAAUUCUUGUGGGAGCCCGAUACUUCUCAAUGCGGGGAUCCAAGCCCAUGCCUACAUCACUAAGAGAGGCCUUUCAAGUAAUCCUAACACGUAUAAUUCCCUCAUCAACAUGUACUCCAAAUGUGGAGCACCGGGACAUGCUGUUGAUGCUUUUAACCAAUUGACAGAGAAGAAUUCUGACUCCUGGACCUCAAUAAUAUCAGCUCAUGUUGAUCAUGGCCACCCAUCUGAAGCUAUUAAUCACUUUGUAAAGAUGAUUCGAAAGGGCAAACUACCAGAUUCUACCACAUUUCUUUAUGUUUUCAAGGCCUGUGGGCAAAUGGGCCUUAUAGAUGAAGCAUUCCGUCUAUUUACUUUGAUGAUUGAGGUAUAUAAAAUCAACCCCUCUGCAGAAAUCUAUUCCUCAAUCCAAGGAAUUUUCCUUUGGAGAACACUCCUUUCCUCAUGUCAUAAUUGUGGAAAUAUAAGGAUUGCUAAACUAGCAGCAGAGAAGCUUGUACAGCUUGAACCAGGCAAGUUUACAACAAAUAUACCUCUCGAGCAGGUACUUCUACAAUCAGAUAAGCGGAAUCUUGCACCAGGAUUUGAAUUUAAAACCUCAAUAUUAGGCUCAAGCUGGAUCGAGACUAGGGGAAACAUAAUUGAAUUUGCAUCAGGCCAGGUAGUCAUAGAACAAGUUUCUUCUAAAUUAAGGGAGAUAGGGAUGAAGAUGGAGGAAUUGGGAUAUAUGACAGAUAACUGUGACUGGUUACAUAAUUCAGUAGAUCACUAUGGAAAGAGUUUCCUUCACACCGAACUAAUGGCAUUAGCUUAUGGGCUUUGUUUUUUACCUCAAGGGGCACCAAUCCGAGUGUUUAAGAUCACACGAACGUGUGGAGAUUCUCACUCUGCUUGCAAGUUCUUAUCAACUUUUCUAGGACGAGACAUUGUCAUCAAGGAUUCUUCCAAGUUCCACCAUUUUAAGCGUGGAGCAUGUAGCUGUAAAGAUAACUAG